CCCGGCCCAGCGGCAGCGCAUCCGGUGAAGCCACUGGGGCACCGGCAGGCCGGCCCUGCAGGUGAGCCCCAGGCCGGCGCGGGCCAGGUGUAGGGUGUUUCUCCUGCCUCUCCCUACCCCCCACCCCCACUCCUCCUUGGCCAGAAAAGGCCCCGGAAGGGGCCCGCGGGAGCUCUGCCUGGCUUCCGUCAAGCUGGAGGGAGGGGCCAGCCUGUGGCUCUGAGCGCCUUGCCGUUCCCAGAAUGGAGCUGCGACCCUACCAGUGGGAGGUCAUCCUGCCCGCCCUGGAGGGCAGGAACAUCAUCAUAUGGCUGCCCACGGGCGCCGGGAAGACACGGGCGGCUGCCUAUGUGGCCAAGAGGCACCUGGAGACUGUGGAGGGAGCCAAGGUCGUCGUACUGGUCAACAGGGUGCACCUGGUAACCCAACAUGGUGAGGAGUUUGACCGCAUGCUGGAUGGACACUGGCGCAUGAUAACCCUGAGUGGUGACAUGGGGCUACGGGCCGGCUUUGGCCACCUGGCCCGGAGCCAUGACUUGGUCAUCUGCACGGCCGAACUGCUGCAGAAGGCCUUGACCAGUCCCGAAGAGGAGGAGCAUGUGGAGCUCAACACCUUCUCCCUGCUCGUGGUGGAUGAGUGUCACCACACACACAAGGACACCGUCUACAACAGCAUCCUGAACCGGUACCUAGAGCUUAAACUCCGGAGGGCACGGCCCCUGCCGCAGGUGCUGGGUCUCACAGCCUCCCUGGGCACCGGCGGGGCCUCCAAGCUCAAAGGGGCUAUUGACCACAUCCUGCAGCUCUGUGCCAACCUGGACACGUGGUACAUCAUGUCACCCCAGGAGCACCGGUCCGGCCUGCAGGAGCACAGCCACCAGCCCUCCAAACAGUAUGACCUCUGCCACGGGCGCAGCCAGGACCCGUUUGGGGACUUGCUGAAGAGGCUCAUGGACCAAGUCCACGACCACCUGGAGAUGCCCGAGUUGAGUCGGGACUUCGGGACGCAGACGUACGAGCAGCAAGUGGUGGAGCUGAGCCUGGCUGCGGCCCAGGCCCGGCUCCAGGAGCGGCGCGUGCACGCGCUCCACCUGCGGCGCUACAACGACGCGCUGCUCAUCCACGACACGGUCCGCGCCGUGGACGCCCUGGUUGAGCUGCGGGAUUUCUACAACAGGGAGCGUGCCACCAAGACCCAGGUGCUGGCCGCUGAGCGCUGGCUGCUGGCGCUUUUUGAUGACCACAAAGAUGAGCUGGCCCGCCUGGCGACUCAAGGCCCAGAGAACCCCAAACUGGAAGUACUGGAACAGAUCCUGCGGGAGCAGUUCAGGAGUCCCAGCGGCCCCCGGGGCAUCAUCUUCACCCGUACCCGCCAGAGUGCCUACUCCCUCCUGCUCUGGCUCCAGCAGCAGCCUGGCCUGCAGGCGGUGGACAUCAGGGCCCAGCUGCUGAUUGGAGCGGGGAGCAGCAGGCAGAGCACCCACAUGACACAGAGAGAGCAGCAAGAGGUGAUCCGGAAGUUCCGGACUGGCACCCUGAACCUCGUGGUAGCCACGAGCGUGGCAGAGGAGGGGCUGGACAUCCCCCAGUGCAGCGUGGUAGUGCGCUACGGCCUCCUGACCAACGACAUCUCCAUGGUCCAGGCGAGGGGCCGUGCCCGGGCUGGUCAGAGUGUGUACUCAUUUGUGGCCACCAAGGGCAGUCGGGAGCUGCGGCGGGAGCUGACCAACGAGGCGCUGGAGACCCUGAUGGAGCAGGCAGUGGCCACGGUGCAGAAGAUGAACCAUGCUGAGUACCAGGCCAAGAUCCAGGAUCUGCAGCGGGCAGCCCUGGUCAAGAGAGCAGCCCAAGCCACCCUGCGGGAGAGCCGGCGGCAGCAGUUCCGGGCAGAGCACGUGAAGCUCCUCUGCAUCAACUGCAUGAUGGCCGUCGGCCACGGGAGUGACCUGCGGAAAGUGGAGGGCGCCCACCACGUCAACGUGAAUCCCAACUUCUCGAUCUACUACACCGUCUCCCAGGAGCCUGUGGCCAUUGACAGAGUCUUCAAGGACUGGAGCCCUGGGGGUGUCAUUAGCUGCAGGAACUGUGGGGAGGUCUGGGGUCUGCAGAUGAUCUACAAGUCAGUGAAGCUGCCAGUGCUCAAAGUCCGCGGAAUGCUGCUAGAGACCCCACGAGGGCGGGCCCAGGCCAAGAAGUGGUCUCGCGUGCCCUUCCCGGUACCUGACUUCAACUAUGUGGAGUACUGUACCCAGAGUCUGUCGGACCUGUCCCUGGACUGACCACCCCGUCGCUGCAGUGCCCAGCUAGGGCAGCAGGGGGCGGUAGAGCCUGCAGCAGCCACCGUCUUCCCCUGGGGAAAGCCUGGGUCCACACCUCUCUUGCCAGUCCCCGGCUCAGGGUACCAGGGUGUCCAGCCACCGAGGAGCCCCAGACGGCCAGGCUGAUUCCAGCUCCCACACCAAGGAAGCAGUUGGAAGGUUAUGGCUCAGCCCCAGACCAGCCUCACACAUGCAUAGACACUUUCAUAGGCAAUGGAUAGAGAUGAGGGGAAACUGAGUCAGGUGGCUCUCCACCCCGUAUUAGGAAUCACGACAGCUUCCCUUGGUCCCUUGCCAGCCCUUUGCUGCCAAAGGCACUUCCAAUUUCUGAGGCUCUUUGUAAACUAAAAACAAAGAAGUGGGAAAAUGGGGUAGACAAUUUGUGGUAUUUUAAAAACAGCUUGAUCGCGGUAAUUGACAUAAACAACACAUAUUUAAAGUA